AGGGGGAGCUGGGGGGCCCAGGUCUGCAGGUGGGAGGGGGUCAGCUCAGGGGUCCCGGAUCCGCGGUCCUCCACACGGGGACACCUGGGGCAGGGAACCCACCUCAGAUGGGCCAGGUUCAAAGGACACACUGAGGCUGGGGGGGGGGGUGAGGGCCCCGGCCCCGCCUUGGGGGGCAGCCCUCCACAGAUCACCCACAAAUCCGGGCUGGGGGGCUGGUCAGAAAUCCACACCUGAGCAAAACCCAGAACUCCUGAGAACAGGUGCGUCCCGACCCCGUGCCGGGGGCGGAGCCGGGGUCUGGGCCCACCCUCGGGGGGGGGGGGAGUGUGCGUCCCAGGACAGCCGGCGACCGCGGGCCCACCCCGCCUCGCACUCCCGCCCAGGGAGGAGCGCGCAGAGAGGCUGUGUCCCGGGGGGAGCGGAGGCCGGGCCCUCCUCCCCGUGGCCGCCCUUGGACGCCCUUCGCUGCCCACCGCCUGGUGACCGCGGGCAGCGCUGUCCCUGCCCCAGAGCCGCGCCCCGCCCGGAUGCGGGACGCACCUGCCGCGCGCUCCCGCCUGGGCCUCGGCUGCCUCACUUCCGUCUCCAGACAGGGCCUCGCGCACCUGCGCCGCUCCCGCCUCCGGCCUCUGCCCGCGAGCGCUGCCCGCCCAAAGUCGCCUGCGGGGGCUCCUCCCCGGCCCCUGGGCGGCCGGGCGGGCGCUCUCGGAACGCCCCGGGGGCAGGGGUCCGUCUGCCUCCGCACCUACAGGACUGCGGCGCCUUUACCUGCCCGGGUGGCCCUCGCGCGGCUCCCCCGCGGGACCUCGCACCUGCACAGCAGGUGGGCAGCCGGAUGCUUGGCUGCGCGGGGGAACCGGGGGCGAAUCCAGCCGUGCGGUGCGCCUGGAGCCGGGAUCCCGCUCGUACGGGGAGGGGAGCAGCAGGGGAGGGACGCGCGCAGGCCCGGCAGGGCUCGAACACGCGGAACGCGAGGCUGUUACAGGCGCCAGGUGCGCCUCCUCCUCUGCUCCACCGGGCCCACCGGCGACACCUGGCGUCUCGGCCCCGCUCCGGGCCACGCACGCACACGCCCCCUUCCCGCGCGCCCUUGGCGCCCACCCGCAGACCCUGGCCGGCUCCUGGCGCCCUGUCGCGAGGCGCCGGCCGCAUCCCCGGCCGGACUGCUCGCCCAGGUGUGCCUACCCCAGGUGAGGGGCUCCAACUGCGCACGCGCCCUCCCCGCAGGGGGCACCGCGCAGACCCCCUUGGACGCGUUGGGCUUCAAGUGCCGGGGGACACCGCUGCGGGCAUGGACCCGCUGUCCUCGCCAUGCGGACUUACCUGGGUCCCCGGGCGGCGCGGGGCGGCUCGGCGGGCGCUGACCGUCGGGGUCUGCGAGGGCGCGCGUCCCGGCGCCUGCAGUUACUCCGCGUGGCCACACGGGGGCGCCUGGGCACUCACGCCUCUGGGCGGGGGGCGUGGCCAAGCGCAGCAGGCGGCUUGCACCUGCUGCCGGGCCCCUGGGGGAUUCCAGGUAGCCGCCGCCCCAGGCAGACCUUCAGCGUUGAAGCUGCUUUACGUUUUCUGCAGGUGCGUGCGCAGGCUGCUUGGUGCCUGCGUCUUGCGGUGUGUAAUGUCCACUGCAUUUGCCAAGCUCUGGAGCCCCCGGGCACCUUGACGGGGGCCCUGCCUCCCCAGGUGAGGCCAGCAGCCAGGGAGCAGAGACACUGCACUGUCCUGUCGCAGCGCCUGGCGCUUCGUGGGAUGCACGAAGGAAUGUGAAUGAAUGGAGGAGCCCGCCCGAGGCUCUGCUGGCCUUACACGCCUGGGCCCAGCGGCCUGAGGGGAAAAAUGGCUUCAGGCUGCGUUCCAGGGCCCUGUGUGGCAGCGCUGGCUGCCGGUCGCUCCCGCCUCGGGAGAACGGUGCAGGAGGGCAGGAGGCGCUGACAGAGGGGUCACAGCAGGAGAAGGCUGUCACCUGCCCGGCCCCGGGGACGAGAACCGGCCUCGCCCUCUGCUGCUGUCUGCGGCCCGCACUGAUGGCCUGGGUGCACAGAUGCGCGCUCCAGCGCACUGACACAGACACACGCUAACCCCCACUGCACACAGGAGCAGUCGGAGGCCGGCGGCCGGCGGCUCUGCCCAGGAGGCACCCGGGCCUGCCGUCCAACUUGGCUUCGGGGGAAGCGGGAGCCUGCGGCCCUGAACUGAGGAGGCAGUGCCAGCUGCUGGAUCCUGGGCCUCCCCAGACACGGCCACCAGCGGAGGAAGUCUGUCUGUCUGGGGUGUGGGCCCCGGAGGCUCCGUGAUGCUGUCCCCCUCACCUGGCUCGCGGAGGGCUGGGGACGGAUGCCCUGCUAGGUGGCCUGCAAGCUGUUGGCGCUGGGAGCUCAGGGACCCUGCUCAGGAGUCGGGACGGGGUGUCGCCUUCUUGGAAUCUCUCUCGGGUUGCUGGUGAGGUCGGGGCAAGCCCUCCCCCUCUGGACAGCCCCAGCCAGGCAGCGCCCCAGGGAGAUGUGACCCCUCAGUGCAGAGUGCCCGAGAGCCUCCCCGAACCACCCAACACCCAACACGCCCCUCCCUCGGCCCGGCCCCGCCUCCUGCUAGCGCCCCUCCCUCAGCCCGGCCCCGCCUCCUGCUAAUGCGGGGUGGUGGCGAGGCCCCUUGCCACCCCCGCCAGAGACCGGAGACCCAGCUGGAGCUGCUGGCCCGGCGGCCAUGUGGGGGGCUCCCUGUCUCCCCGGGGCUGACCCUUCGCUCCGCCUCCCUCACUGGGCUCUCGCCCUCACCCUGGACUGCUGCAGGUCACAUUUGCAAGGUCCCCAGCCCGCCACUGUGUCUUCAUCCUUAAGGGCGCUUUUGUAAGCUUUUUAUUUUAAUGAAUUGCGAUCAGUACGAGGCCUCCAGAACGAGGAAACCCACAGCCCUGAGGCCGGUGCUCCCGCCUCCCCCUGCGCCCGCCCGGCGUCCACACUGCCGCUGCUUGUGUCCCCCGGGGCUGAAGCCUGGAAGCACGAGCUCGCCCUCUUCUGGGGCCACUGCUUCCUGGGUGGGGGCUCCGCCCGGGACCCUGGCGUCUCGGCCCUGCCCCCACCCCCGGCCGCACACCUGGACCGUGACUUGUUCAGCGCAGGUCUGGUUGGGAAGGCACCCGUCACUGGGAGGCGGCAGGGGCCGGGCAGUGCCCUCCAAAGCCCAGUGAUGCCGGUGUGGGGCCCGCAGGUGCGGCCAGGAGCACCGGGUGGGGCUGGGGGCUCCGCCGUGCCGCCCUCUGCUGUGCGUGGGACUGGAACGGGGCUCGGCCCCUGCGGGAAGAGUAGGGCUGGGUGGGUUUGAGUCGGCAGCGACAGUGAGGGUGGAGCGUGUGGUCUGAGGGUGGGCAGGCCCGAGUCAGGGGCUUCCUUCCCGAGUCAGGUGGGGGUCACACCAGCAGCACUGCACCGGCCCUGGACGCCGCCCCCCCCCCCCAGGAACACAGGAGCUCUGAGCACCGUGGCUGCACGGGGCCGAGGACGCCACGGCCGGAACCCGGAAGUGACCUCAGACUGCGGCUGGAGACAAGGCACGGGUCCUGGCUCUGGGCCCAGCUCGCACCACAGCCAGCCUAGCUCAGGGCCAAAUGGACGCAUGGCAGAGCCACGGCCCUGGGGGGCCCGUGUCCACGGAAGCCACGCCAUGGUGGGCACCUCUUCCCCCGUGGGUGUCCCAGGCCGGGGGCGGGGCGCUCAUGCUGGGGACCUUUGUCACGGCCAUGUGCCGUCCUGGCCUCCACCCAGUGCAGGCUCAGGCUACCCUGGCCCUCAGGGCUCCUGCUGCCUCCCGGUGUCCCCACAGCCCUGACCCCGGGCCUCCUGCUCCUGGCUGGCCCCCCACCCCGCUCAUUGGCCGCCAUCCCUGCUGACCUGGGACCCUGGACUGGCGUUUCAGGGAGCUGAGGCCGCGCCUGGGCCUGUGCAGCCAGCCCAUUCUCCUUCGUCUCAGCCCCGGGCGGCAGGGGGACCGCUGAGCCCCGGGUGCCCGGCCGGGCGGGGCCCCCUCUCCUGGUCCCCCACAGCCCUGCCAGGCCUUGAGGCUCCCGCUGCCUCCUUGCUGCUUCUCGCGCCCACAGGGAGCAGCCCUGGCCUUUCGGGCUGUGUGGGCUGCAUCUCAGGAGGCACAGAGCCAGAGCUGCUGGGUCCAGGUGGGCGGGGCUCGGCCGGAGGGAAGGGGCAGCCGGGAGCGAUGACCACCACGCCCAGCCCAUGCAGGGCACAGGUGGGCACCUGGCAGCCAAGGGCGACUCCGCAGCCACGGCAGCUCCGCCUCCUACCUCACCCGCCAGGGGCACAGCCAGCCCCACCCUGCCCCCAGCCCCGAGACCCCAUCCCACGUGCCCUCCGCUGCUGCCGUGUCUCAGACGCCUGCAGGACCAGGUGCUGCCUGUGCACGUGGGUCCUCCCGGUCGGGGCGGCCGUGGCCGUUCCUGGCACGUGCAGGUGCCCGGGGGGGUCUCAGGGUCCUGGUUGUGCCUCUUCCAGCUCAGCCAUCAGACCAGACCUCUGCCCAGCUGGCCCUCCCAGUGGGACACAGGGUUGUGCCCCGGGGCUGCUGGCCGGCACGGGGGUCGUCUGCCGGUGCCGGGCGGCUUCGCCCCUCGCCAUGGCUGUCCCGCGGCCAGGUGUCAGGAGCACAGCGGCCCCCGUGGGUUCUCAGGAGGGGGGCCGGUGUCUCCCUGAGGCUCCAGCCUGCGUCUGCCAGAGCGCUGAGGUCCCCAGUGACCAAAAGGGGUCUGUGCUUUUGAAAACAGUGAUUUACUUACUUUAUUUGAAAGAGAGACCGGGGUGGGGGGAGCUCUCCCACCCACUGGCUCGUUUCCCCGAAGUCUGUAACAGCCAGGGCUGGGCCAGGCCAAAGCCAAGAGCCAGGAAGCCCCACCUGGGCCCCCACGCGGCUACUCAGGCCACCACUGAGCAGGGAGCUGGGUCUUGAGCCCAGGCCCUGUGGUACAGGACGCAGGCGCCCCAGCCCCAUCUUCACCGCUGCACCGCGCACCUGCCCCAGCCCAGCUCCUACGCCCAUCUGCACGCGCGUGGCCUCGGCUUCCUGCAUGGCAAACCUCGUGCUGUCACGUGAGCGCCCAGCAGAACACCCACCAGUCAUCCGUCCUGAAAGACAAAUCCCACUCCCAGGAGUGACACAGGCAGGGGCAAAGCGACGGGGCCCCAGGCGCUCAGCUCGGCAGAGGGAACAGACGAGGCACCGACCACCAGGGAUGUCAAGGCUGCCGGCUCCGGCAGCCCUCUCUGCUCUGCCAUGGGGUCCAAGGCUUGGGUGGACGCUCCCUCUUGUCCCAGGUGCUGGACGUGUACCAUGGACCUCUGGCCCCACAGCCUCCUGCUGCUGCUGGCCGUGCGUGGUGUCUCGGGAGCCGCCCUGCAGCCAGGGUGUGGGCAGCCCUGGCUUGUGGACAUAGGGGCCCGAAUUGUGGGGGGCCACACGGCCCUGGCUGGUGCGUGGCCGUGGCAGGCUAGCCUCCGACUGCGCAAGGUGCACGUGUGCGGGGGGUCCCUGCUCAGCCCCCAGUGGGUGCUCACAGCCGCCCACUGCUUCUCUGGGUCCCUGAACUCCUCUGACUACCAGGUGCACCUGGGGGAGCUGACGGUCACCCUGUCCCCCCACUUCCACACCGUGAGGAAGAUUGUCCUGCACUCCAGCUCCCUAGGACCGCCGGGGGCCAGCGGAGACAUCGCCCUGGUGCAGCUGAGCGCCCCCGUGAGCCUCUCCGGCCAGGUCCUGCCCGUCUGCCUCCCCGCAGCCUCCACGGACUUCCCCCCGGGCACACGCUGCUGGGUGACCGGCUGGGGACACACGGGGGAGGGAGAGCCUCUGCCGCCCCCCUACAGCCUGCAAGAGGCUGCUGUCUCCGUGGUGGACCCCGAGACCUGCAGCCGGGCCUACGCCAGCCACGGCGGCAGCGCCAUUCGGGCCGACAUGCUGUGCGCCGGGGGCCCCGGGGACGCCUGCCAGGUGAGCCGCCGGCAUGGCCGGGACGGGGGGGGGGGGCAGGCCCAGCGAGCAGCGCCCCAGCUGUGUCCUACCCCACCCCCGUGCCCCCAGGACGACUCCGGAGGACCUCUGGUGUGCCAGCAGCAGGGGGCCUGGGUGCAGGCCGGCGUGGUGAGCUGGGGCGAGGGCUGCGGCCGCCCCGACCGGCCAGGCGUCUACACCCGCGUUCCCGUCUAUGUGGAUUGGAUCCGCCGCCACGUCCCAGAACUGUGGGGUGCGGAGGGGCCUGGACACCCAGGGCUGCCCUGGCUCUCGCUCCUGGCUGGGCUCUGGCUGCCCGGCCUCUUCCUCCUGCUGGUCGUAGGGGUCCUGGUGGCCAAGCGCUGGCUGCAGGCCCGGGCCGCCACCCCGCCCCUCCCGCCGGAGGCCUGCUGUGGUCACAGGGUGCUUCUUAAAUAA